AUGGCCAUUGAGUAUUUGGUGGAGGAGGUUACCAACAACCAUACCAAUGUCACCAAGCCCAUGAUAAUCAAAGACAUCGCCAAAAUCGGCGAGGGUGCAUUUGGAACGGUGACCCAAGCCCAACUACGCAACGCCACGGCAUCCGAGGACCAGUGGCUCGGGCCAUUUGCCAUCAAGAAGGUGCCAGCACAAACCGAAUACAAGAGCCGAGAACUGGAGAUCCUGAGACAAACGUCCCAUCCUAACGUCGUCUCCCUCAAGUACUUCUUCAACUACCCUAAUCCGGAGGACCGCGGUAAGCUGUACCAGCACUUGGUGAUGGAAUCUUUACCCUGCACGCUUCAGACAGAGAUUAAAAGAUACCACAGUUCGAACCUGAUAUUACACGAGUCGCACAUCCAGGUGUACUCUUUCCAGAUCGCUAGAGGCAUGAACUACUUGCAUAGUUUUGGGAUCUGCCAUAGGGACAUCAAGCCGUCCAAUAUCUUGAUUGACCCAGAUACCUUAGUGCUCAAGAUCUGCGACUUUGGCUCUGCAAAAAAACUGGAAUAUAAUCAGCCCUCUGUGUCCUAUAUUUGCUCAAGGUACUACCGUGCUCCUGAGCUGAUAGUUGGAUGCUCUCUCUAUACGACCCAGAUUGACAUAUGGGGGCUUGGUUGCGUUAUUGCUGAGAUGUUUAUCGGCAAGCCUGUUUUCCAGGGCCAGGACCCAAUGCUUCAGCUCAGAGAGAUCUCGAAGCUUCUGGGACCGCCGGAUAAAGAAUUCAUCUACGAGAGCAAUCCUAGCUACAAUGGACCAAUGUACUCUCACAGGCUGUACACGUCCAAGGUAAGCACCCGGUUCCAGAAAACUUUUUCCCAUGCCAGUCCGGUUGCCGUUGAUCUCCUUAUGAGUGUGCUUGUCUACCGUCCACAAGAUAGACUCCGUCCGCCUGCUAUUUUGGCUCACGAUUUCUUCAAACCGCUGCGGUCGCGGGAUUUCCAAGUCAUCAGUCGCACCACCAACUCCCGAGUCGAUGUCCACCACAUGCUCUACAACUUUAGCGACUACGAGCUACGUGUCCUUGGUGAUGCGGUAAAGGAAAUCCUUGUUGAUGAAUCUUGA